AUGGAUGGCUCAGGUAAAGAAAAGCCUGUGCCAAUAGAAAAUGAACUAGAGGGAAUAGUGUCGCCAAUGGACCGUAAUGGGCUGAUGGACGGUGGUGAGCAGGAAGUCGGAGCCUGGGACUCAGUUCUGCUAGAUCCGCUCACUGAGGAGACGUUCAUCGGCAACCUCCACCAUAGGUUCAAGAGGGAUCACAUAUACGUGAGUCUUUUAGUUGUUAUCAUUGCGUUAGUACUUAUUAUAUGA